AUGAAAUUAACACAGAAGACACUUUUUCAAUGUUUUGAUAAAUCUGAACGACAAUCAACAGUAAACUCAAAUGAUUCUGAUGAAGAUAUAAUCGAAUGUGAACCUGAAAUCAAGUUAUCUGAUAAACGAUCAAAUAAUCACGUUCCUCGAUCGGAUUUUCUCAUACCUGUUCAUGUACGGCAAGAAGACAACCUUUCAAAAGAUGAAUGUGUCUCAUCUUUGCUUAAUUCAUGGAAACUAAUUGAUUCAAAUGAUGAUCUACUAUCGAAACAUUCUCAAGAUUUUUAUCGCAUGUGUCCUACAAGCAGCAAUAGUAAUGAAACUAACUCACCAAAACUUCAGUUUAUUCAAAUUUCAUCUAUUGAACGUCAAAUGGAAUUAUUGGAAGAAUAUAUAAAAGAUGAUGAAUCCAGUUGUUAUGUUCAAUCAAAUAUCAAUUGGCGAGUAAUGUUUCAAUGUCUGCAAGAGUAUCGAAAGAAAGCGAUAGAACAAAAUCAGUACGAACAAUUACCUUGGACAGAAAUUUAUCGCCCUCGAAAUUCAAAAGCUUAUCUUGGAAAUCAUACAAAACAAAUUCGUCGUUUAAAUGAAUGGUUUUUCCAUUGGGCGAACAAAUUACGCAACCAUCCAUCGAAGAAAAUCACACGAAAAGGACGAAAACGAACUAGAGAUUAUGAUGAUAACUCGGAUGAAGAUUUCAUCAAUGAAUCUAAUAUGAUUUACCAUGAUCGCUGUCAAAUCAAACAAGAAUAUCCACAGAUAAUUUUUAUUCAUGGUUGUGGAACAACAUCACUUGUACAUGCACUCGCGGAACAACAUAAUUUUAAAGUGACAGAAAUCAAUGGAACUCAAUCGCGCGCACGUACAUCCCUAAUAAAACAAUUAGAACAAGUCACCAGUCAACAUUGCUUAUCAUUAAAACGUUGUUCUUCAGAUACGAUAAUUCCAAAAGAAGACAAAUUCAGAGCGAGUAUUCCAUUGCCUGUAAAGAAAAAAGCGAAACAUGAACGCGGUACAAUUAUGUCGUUUUUUAAUACUAAGAAAGCGGAGAAUAAUGAUGAUCACAAAGAAAAUAAAUCUCGCAAUCGAUCGAAAUCUACGAAAAAAUCAAAACAAAGUAAAAUAAAAGAGGACGAACAAAAAUCUAUGCCAACAAAUUUAGUAUCAUCGGUUCAAGUUGAAAAAACAUCUCUCAUACUCUUCGAUGAGAUUGAAACAUUAACAACCGACGAUAAUUUUUGGUCGUGUUUAAAAAAGAUUCUUGAAACAGCCAAAAAACCAAUUAUACUCACAUCCAAUAGUAGAAGUAAUCCAGAUGAUGCAAUAUUUAAUCUAUCGAAAAUUGGCGACUACGAAAUGGUUCAUCUCGAAACAAAUGAACUCAAACUCACCUAUUGUUUUCUUCGAUUAAUACUUUUGGUUGAAAUGCUCGAAGUCCCUUCAUUCGAUGAACUGAUAUCACUUUGCCAAUCAUGUUCGUAUGACUUACGCCGAUGUUUAUUAACAUUACAAUUUCUUGCUCAAUCGUCUACGAUAGAAAACACUUCGAUAGAAAAAACUGCAAUUAACAACACCAAACCAAAACUUCAAUCGUCACAUGUAUUUGAUACAAUGCAUUAUUCUUAUCUCGGUGAACAAUGGAACGAACCGAUGCUUAAGACAUAUUUUGAUGAUCUCACAACAAAAUAUACGUCUGAAUAUGAACAAUAUCAUAAAUUAUUAGCAAAUCAGAAUAAAAAUGAUUCGAAACGAAUCGAAUUGUACGAUACAUUUAGACUUUUUAUGCAAGAACAAGAGCUUGAUAACAUCACUGAUCGUUCGGCGCUUUAUCUUGAUUAUCGGCCUUAUAUUAGACAAAUUUGUCAAAGUGAACAAAUUCGAGCAAGUGAAUCGUACUCCAGAGGACGUCUUCGACAUGGUCUUGGGUUUCGCGGCUGUUCCUUGCAAUGGUCUGACUUUGCGAUUCUGUCUGGUGGUCUUGAUUAA